GUUGAUUUGAUUCGUUUUCUUUUUUAGUCCGAUCCUGUUUUGCGCUUUGCGCCUGAAUGCAGCCCCGGGCUCACACUUUACGAUUCAUUACCGCUGCCGCAUGGAGCAUUGUCCAUGCUUCGAAUACUCCUCGUGUCCUUUGCGGCACUCUGGGCAGAUGGUGCCGCUGAGGCCGCAUGCUCGAGGGCGCUGCUGCAACAGAAGACGGGCCUCGACCAGCUGAACGUCAUCGAAGAUGUCAAGGCGGGCUCCGGCAGGGCCGCAAGUGACGCGGCUUGCCGGACUCUGGUGGUGCAUGUGGGCCCCUGGAAAACGGGAACGACCUCGCUGCAGAGCUUUCUGGUCAAGGAAGCCAAGUGGCUGGAGCAAGAGCUCGACGUGCUGGUUGCACUGAAGGGGGAUGAGAAAAGCAACGCAUACUUGCCUUUCACGAUCCUGCGUAAGACUGGGCAGCUGAACCAGUCAGACUGCCCGCAUUGUGUGGAUGAUGCAGUUUUCGCAUCAAGAGUGGAACACAUCGCAUCGCUGUUGUCAAGGCCGUCAGCAGGUGUUAUUCUGUCCGCGGAGGAUUUAAGCCUUCUGAGUGGCAAGGAAUGGGCAAUGUUCAAAGACUUAUUUGCAAAUACUUCAGUUUGCACCCGGUUCUUGCCGGUGGUAUCAAUGCGCAGUCCAACGUCCUGGUAUCAAUCCUUGUGGAUCGAGUACAACAAGCUGGGAGUGCCCCAAAGCUUCAUGCAGUUUUUGAGCUCUUUCCGGUUUGGUGGCCGGUCCAGGGACGAGUUCGGAGACGCGGAUACUCAGCUGGCGGUCCUGAAUCAGUUGCAGCUGGCCUUCGGGCCCCCGGUCGCAGCCUCCUAUGAUCAGCUCCUGGAGCAAAACGUCAGCACCGCCGCCUUCCUGAUCUGCAACGCGACGCUGGGUCGCCAAGGUGAGGCCUGGGAGCGGUGCAGGGAUGCCCUCGCCUCCAAAGCGCUCAGCGUGGAGAAUGUGUCGCCGCCUCCGGCGGCCCUGGACGUGGUGCGCCUGGCCUUUAACCUCUACAACAGUCGCCAAAGGCCCUGCAACGCCAGCUUCGGACUUCGAGCGACGCAGGUGCCCGUGAUCGAAGUGGCGGCGCAGAUGCCGCUCCUCUGCGGCAGCUUGGACGCCUUCUUCGUACCUGAGCUGGACAAGUGGUACCAAGAGACGAAAGCGCAAGCACCGUCAGGGCGGGGCACCGUCCAUUGUUCCGUGGACGAGCGGGCCAUGACGCCAAGCCACUGGCGCAGUAUCCGGGACCUUGUGCCGUGCACAGGGGACAAGACUAAGACUCACGAGGAUUCAUAGUGCUGCCGGCGUUUUAAGCCUAUAUAAUCCAGUGUAAGCUGACGGCUUUUUUGUGUCAGCAUGUGGCACGCGUGCGAGGACA